CUCAACAUGAAUUGCAUUUCUCAGAUCCACCGAUUUGCCCUUACCCUUAAAUGAUACAUCUUUUCCGGAAGUCAUUGAAUCCGACCUCGUAGAUAGUUGUUUCACUUAGCUUGAAAGCCAGCACUGCAAAAAUGUCAUCUGGAAGUCAGGAGCUGCAGCUAAUCCAGAAAGUUGAACUUCGGUUUGCAUUGGCGGACACGAACGAAAAGUUCCAGUCGUCUCUGCAACUCUACUUGGCACCAUUAUUGUUAAAAUUCGCCUCAUCAGACAAGGAGGUGAGGGUGCAGCUAGGGAAAACCGUGAAGUUUUUACUAUCCAAGUUCAAUGCGACCCCAGAAUUGAAGCUGCCCUACAAAGCUUUGUUAGACCAGGUUAAAUCUCCAAAUUUGAAGCCAGGUCAAGAUCCGGCUGUCGUGCAAUCAUACACUCUCUUGUUUCUAUCAAAAUCAAUUCCUAGACUAUCCAACGAGGAGAAGAAAGAGCUUUUUCCACUUUUGAUCGAGGACAUGUCAACUUUCAAGGACUCUGUAUCCGCUAGACUGUUUAACAUAUCGUGUAAAAUCUUAGAUUCUCUGAGCGACUCCGACCUUUCCAUAUUAGCCAAUUGCGUUGCCAACUGGAAAAGUGAACAUGAUAAAUCGUUUUUGGCUGAAAAAUACUAUAAGUUCAUGCUAUUGCACUCGGUUUCUGUAGACGCAAGCGGAAUGAUUCCCAACAAUAUCACAGAGCCUGGGCUAUCUCGUGAGGAAUGUUCUUUCUUCUUCUAUUAUGCCGGAGUUGUGUUCAAUUCGUCAACCUUGGUCGAAUAUAAAAUGAAAAUCCUCAAGUUCAUCGAGCCGAUGCCAGAUUUUGACAAAGUGACCACUUUCUUGUGUGCAAGUGCAGAUGGUGAUUCAAAGGUAUCCUCGUUUGCUUCUACCUCUCUGAAGAGAAUCCCAAUCGAUUAUGAGAACAAAAUUUUUAUAGAUCAAUUGGUAAGCCUAUUUGUUGGUGAUGAACAUGAUCAAAGACAGCCGGCUAGGUUACCCUUGCAAGAAAAAAUAUUGAAUAUUCUAUGCAAAAGUAAGAUAGCAACUACGUUGGAUUCAAUAGAAAAGAUAUCCACAAUAGGUUUGAAUUCUUCCAACGUAAAGCUAAAGCAAUCUACCGUAGCUUUUGUUAGAUGGUUCACUACAAACAAUUCUUUGAACGCCACCAAUGAUGAUACCGUCACCAAAAUAGCACACCAGUUGAAACUUAACUUGUCAGAUAUUACAGCUGAUAAGUCUAGUCCAAACUAUCUUGAUAACCGUCGUUACCAGUACGAAACUUUAGGACUUCUUUUAAAAAAAUCUUCAACACUUAUAGACAUUCCUUACAUUCAAUUCUUGAUUGAUAUGUAUAGUGCCGAUGAUAAAGAGUUGCAACCAGUAAUUCAAGACGCAUUAAUUGGCCUUACGACUAACUUGUCAUUUCUGUCCACAAGCCAAAGGCUGAAGUUGAAGGAUCUUCUGAUGGAGAUUUUUGAGAAGUCAAAUGAGACGUCAAAUAGCAGCUUUUCUCAAAUAAGGUUCAUCGGUGUAAAGUAUAUUAAUUAUUUGUUUCCUUUCAGUGACGCACAGACCAGGAUUAUCAAUAUCAUGACCCAGUCAAAGUUUGAUAGAAUCGAGACCGUAGAAGAAUCUAGAAAAGGGUUGAAUCCUUAUUUAUUCAAACUGAACAAUCCACUAAUUGAUACCAUCGAUUUCCCUCAAUUUGAUACAGUCAUGAAAUACAUUUUGAGGUAUAAGGAUUCAAUCAAUAUAGAAGUGGCUCUCACUUUGGCAUUCCGUUGCUUGACUAUGAAUCUUAUUUCAAAUCAAGACACAAUUGUUGCUAUUGAUCAAUACUGGGAAACAAGAAUUGAUAAGGCUCUUGAGCUAGAUCCAACUAUCAAGGAUUCCCUUUUGAAAGCGUUGAAAGAAUUUCACGACAUAGACGGUGACACCACUGAGCAUUUUGCAGAUAGCUCGUUGAAUUUUUUUAUUGAUCUUGCCUUCAACUAUAUCAAGGCCUCUAAUAGUACCUCUAUCUUGAUAUUACUAACAAAGAUAUUAACACUGUGUUGUACUGACGUUACAAAUGCGUUGACUGACCACAUUCCUUUAUUAUUAGAUAGUCAGUUUGAUGCACUCACUUAUGAGUCUUUUCAUUACGUUUCCGAGCUGACAGGAAUCAUUUGUACAACACCUCAGGUAGAAAACGAUGCAGUACUCAAGAUUUUGGACCAGCUUCUUAAAAGAGGCUCAACAAGUUCCGCUGGAUUUAUAGUUUCCAGGUUGGUUUUGAGAGGUAGAGCUAGCAUCAUUGACCAGAAAAUUUUCAAUUCUAUUUUGGAAUUGAUUGAAGGAAACUUGAACAGUUCAUCGACCAGACAACUUAGAAUGGCCUUAGAUUGCAUUUCUCAAUUGUCAAUGUUUGGAUGCUUGGGACCUCAGUUACAGCUCUCUUCAUCUGUUGAGUCUUUCAAAACUAAGUUUGUUGAGAAACUAAAACCUCUUGUUCUCAAAUGUAAUGAGUUUGCCAUCUAUGCAUGGUGCUACCUUUCAUUAUCAUAUUGCAACGAUGAGAACACCGUUGAUGGUGAACUUAACUCCUUUGAACAAAUUAUUUAUGAAACGCACGUUACAAAGCAAACAGACAAUCACUUCACAACUGGUGAAGGUUUUGCAAUUUUGUGCGACGGCUGGUCAUCCUCCUUCAUGAAAGAUAAGAAUGAUAUACCUGAUUGUAAGGUAUCUAUUGAUUUGAAUCCGAAAAGAUGUAAAAUCAUUUUAGACAACAUCUUAACUUUUUGUAAAACCACAAAGCCGAGCUUGAGAAAGGCCUCUUGCAUUUGGUUACUAUCGAUUGUCCAGUACUGUACAGAUGAAAUCAUUAUGGAAAAAAUCAACGAUAUUCAAUUUGCAUUCAUGCGAUUUUUAUCAGAUAGAGAGGAGAUUAUACAGGAGUCUGCUUCUAGAGGUUUGAGUAUAACAUAUGAAAAAGGUGGUUAUGAUGUUCAGGAAACAUUAGUUCAUAACUUGCUCAAAUCCUUUACAGAUUCAAACAAAACCUCAAAAGAAUUGAUUAGUGGUUAUGUGGACGAAAAUACCGAGCUUUUUGAUUCUGGAGUAUUGAAUACUGGAGAUGGUGAGUCGGUAUCAACAUACAAAGAUGUUUUGAAUCUAGCGUCUGAAGUUGGAAAUCCGAGCCUUGUUUACAAGUUUAUGUCGCUUGCUAAAAACUCUGCAUUAUGGUCGUCGAGGAAAGGUUUAGCAUUUGGCCUAGGUGCAAUUUUAGACAAAGAAAAAUUAGACACUUUAUUGAAAGAAAAUCCCAAGUUGUCUAAUAAGCUAAUUCCAAAAUUAUUCAGAUAUAAAUUCGAUCCUAGUGCUUCAAUUUCAAGAACAAUGAAUAAUAUCUGGGACAACUUAAUAUUGAAUAAUAAGGCGACCCUCAAUGAGAAUUUUGAUUCAAUAUUGAAGGAACUUCUAGCCGGUAUGGGUGAUCGUGAAUGGCGUGUGCGUGAAGCAAGUACUGGAGCCUUGCAAGAUUUGCUAAGACAUUGUGAGUUUUCUAAAUUUGAAAAUGAUUUGGAGAGGAUAUGGCUAAUGGCUUUUCGUGCAAUGGAUGAUAUCAAAGGCUCAGUCAGAAAAGAAGGUACCGAGCUUACCAGAUUUUUAGCCAAUACGAUGGUUUUGAAGUUAAAUAGCUCAUCUAACUCUAGUGCUCAGGAAUCCAUUUUGAAGCAGUUAGUCCCAUUCUUAUUAGGUAACAACGGGCUAUUAAGUGAUUCUGAAGAUGUCAAAAAAUUUGCAUUUGAUACAAUAAUGAAAUUGAUAUCUACCUCGUCGAAGAGCUUGGAACCAUUUGUUGCAAACAUGGUCCAGCAAAUGAUAUUGUUAAUGUCGUCCGUAGAGCCUCAGGUCAUCAAUUAUUUGACUUUAAAUGCAGAUAAGUAUAACAUGGAAGUUGAGGAUAUAGAUUCUCAAAGGAUUGGAUUAGUUGGAAGUUCACCUAUGAUGGAAGCAAUUGAAAAACUGAUGGAUUUACUUGAUGAAAAAACUGUAGCAUCAUUCAUAGAGGAGCUUGGUGUUGCAGUGAAAACCUCGAUUGGGUUGCCAUCCAAAGUUGCUGGAUCUAAAGCAAUUGUCAACUUGAUUUUGAGACAUUUUUUUAUUGUAUCCAAUUACGGUGAUCAGCUUCUAAAGAUUGCAUCUGGUCAGCUAAAGGAUAGAAACGAAACAGUUGCAAAAUCUUAUGCAAUUGCAUGUGGUUAUUGUGUUCGGAUUUCAUCUGUGAAAAAAAUUGAAUCCUUUGGUAAAAAGCUAACCAAGUAUUACUUUGAGAAGAAGUCCGAUACCAAUAGCGACGAUCGUUUACCAAAGAUAUCUUCAGUUGCAUGUGAAGCAGUCUCUAACUUUGCAAACGAUACACUACAUUCCAAUGCCUCAAUAUUCUUACCAUUGUCGUUCAUAGCUAAACAUGACUUAAAUUCUGAGAUAGCCAAAAAUUUUAACAAAGUUUGGUCUGACUCUACUAGCUCCAGUGUCAGUGCGAUCAAGCUUUACUUCCCUGAAAUAAUUUCUUUGAUUAAGCGUCACAUCAGUGGUCAAACAUUUUCUCUUAGAAAAACUAUUGCUAUGUCCAUUAUCGAAAUUAUCGAAACACUGGACGUCCGUAUCAACGAUUUGGAUCCAUCCUAUUUAGAAGAAUUGUAUGAAUUGCUUUUAGAGUCUUUGGCCGGCCGUGUUUAUGAAGGGAAAGAAAAGCUACUUGACUCUUUGGUGAAUCUUUCCUGCAAGUCUGACAAGUUUUUGACUAACAAUGAUGAGCUUUAUUUGAAAAUUGAAAGCAGGGUACUUAAUGAGGCGAACAGGAAAAGUCAAUGGUAUAGAAAGCAUAGCAUUCUGGCGCUAGGUAACUUGUUGCACAUAUAUUACGAAGAUAUAUCGCUUUAUGACAAAUAUCUUGAAUUGGUUGAUGGACUUCUUUCUCCAAAAGAGUUAGAUUCAGACGAUGAAGAUGACAAAAUGGAUGUCGACUCAUCACCUGAUCAUAAGGUAACAGCGGCUCGUUGUGAUAUGAUUCAAAAGGUGUUACUCAACGUCCUCUAUUCCAUAUCUGGUGGGAAAAUGGUUAAUACGAAUGCACUAAAGUAUGUUCUACAGAAAGUAGACAGAUUUUUAUCUGAAACCAAUAUUGAUCUGUUGCCGAAUUCAGACAGCAAGUUUAGGUUCAAGCAAGGUAUUAUAACUCUUUUAACCUCUUUAGUGGGUCUAAACGAUGGACAUGUUUUGCCAAAUAGUGAAAAGAAUUAUUAUGAGGAACGUUUGUUUGAACUCUGGCUGAAAUCCAAAGACGUCAUUGGGUCGUCAGACAAUUUACAGAGUAUCCUUGUCGGAUAUGCUAGACUCACUGGCUUGUUGUUGGAAAAGUUGGACCUGGAUUCAGAUAGAAAAACGAGCUGUGCUAUGGCUUUGAAAAUGUUGAAAUCCGAGAAUGUGAACUCAGUUGUUACCAUAGAAUGUGACAAGGUUUUACAAAAGCGUAAGUAGAGCUUUUUCAGACGAUGGGAAUUUUCCAAGAAAAUUGAUUCAGUUAAAGCUUUACAGUUUUAAUCUAAAUAAAAAAAAUAUAUGAUAUUGGUGUAAUAUUAACAGCGUUUCUUGAAGUCGUUCAAUCACCACCUCUCAAUCUCAAGACCAAGUGCAACGUCGAUUCCUUUUGGCUCUAGGGUGAUAGUCUUACCAGUCAAUGUUUUAACGAAAAUUUGCAUCUUCUGUGAAUGAUAGUGUUCUUCUCUUGUUUGUAAUGUCUCUUUUGUUAAAGAUCCUUAUUUCUAAAGGAAUAUGAUGUUAGAAACACGUGAGCAAGAGCCACCAGUGGU